AGUAGCGGAAACACUCACUCAAAUACUGACGCUAUUUCAAAUAUAAAAAAAAAUCGUGAUGAGACAGAUGUUAAGCCACGUUCAUUUUCUAACUCAAAUUUGACAUGCGAUUUCGGCAGACUCAAUUUAUUUUGAUGGGAAUCACAUUCGUCAUGCGGUUCACGAACCAAACGGGUUGAUAUGAAGGUAAUUUGAAAAACAGCGAGAGCAGAGUUAUCUACGAAAAUGAUGGGAAUGCAGCCAUUUGUUAUAUUCAUUAUUAAGGCGGGAUAAAAAAGUGGAGGUUCAAUUAAUAAAUGCUCAAACAGCCGGUCUCUACAGGACCGGCUGUCCCUUAGUCUCAAACACUACUCAAGAAAGAACGAAGCAGAAAAUAACUGUAAAACAAGCACUGCAUACACUGUACUGCAAGUCUCCCGCACGUAAGCAGUGACACCGGGGGUAUUGGCUGCGGAAGCGGUGCUUAGGUAUUAGACACAGUCACCACAUUACAUUCCGAGAAUUCCAUACAAAAAUUUGAACAUAAUAUUAUUAAUUGAAGUUCAUAACACCAAACUGGCACACACUAACUUCCCCUCCUCAUCUCUCAGUCCUUUCACACCUGAAGUUGAUCGAAAAGAAAAGAUGGAGCUUGGCUUCACUGUCCACUUCGCAAACAUUAUUUUCUGGUUUUCCUCUCCGCAGACACAAGUAGGGGCCCAAGCACCGGGGCGACCGGCCCACCGCCGCCAUGAUAUCGGCGAUGCCAGCGGUUGCCGUGCGCCGGGAGCGGCGGCGCAGCAAGAGCGGCCGGGGUCUGGGCUCGCGCCAGGGCAGCGUCGCCUCGCUGCCGAACCGGCCCGACAGCCUGUCGACGCUCAACUCUCAGCCCAACGGGGCGGCGGCGCGGCGGUGGCGGGAGCGCGGUGGCACCAUCCAGGACCAGCGAGCCCGCGUGCUCAUAUACUUGGCCACCUUGCUCCUGGUGGCCGGACUGGUGCUGCUCUUUAUCGGCGUGGGGGGCGGCAUGACACACACACGCACCGUGGGACUGCUCUUCAUCGCCGUCGGCGCGCUCCUGUGUCUCGUCAAGCUGUUCAUCACUCCGGAGCACCACCAAACCAUCGUGCGCAAAGCACGACUGGUGUCUUCGCGUGAAUCCCUGUACGUGGCGCCGGCCGUCAAGAGCGUGCCCGAGGAGACCCUAGAGCAGAUGCGCCGAGAGACACAGGAGCCGCCGGCCGUCGGAGCCAGUGCGGCGACGACGACGACGACCAGCCCCGGGACGGACGCGCGGCACCCGCCCCUGCAGCCGCACAACAGCAACAGUGGAAGCAGUCCCGCACACAGCCUGCACGCGGCCGAGACGCAAGGACUCAUAUCCGAACGGGGCGUGCCGCUGGCUGACGGCCGCUUUUGAGUGCCGCCCGCGCAUGGUAACGCUGGCUCGCGCGCUGCGGGCAUCGCGGACGUACUGCCCGAGCCCCACCGAUGCGCACGCACGCGUGCGUGCGCAGACCACCUCUCGCCCAACUUUCGACACCGGAAAAUUUCAAGCCGACACCUUUUGGUGAACCGUGACACACGAGAAUUAUUGUCCCGGGAAGGAACUCCACCCGUGGGGGCGUUCGACAGUGUCGCGAUGUUCGACAAGCAUCGAUAGGGCAAUGUUUUGGUGUUCGCCAGAUGUCGUGCCGUCGAGUCCUGGAGCAGUGCGACUGGCGCAUGGUCAGUCUCUCGACCUUGUUCGGUGCGCGUGCCCUCCUUGUGAGCUUGAAGAUAAAAUCUAGGAUCAAAGUGCGUGGGAGAAAUGCUUACUACGAGUUACAUAUGGUACUGAUAGCAAGAUUUCUCCAGCUUUGAACCACGUAUCAACAUGACCUGGUGAACUUGAAGGUUGCACACGUUAUCCUCGGGCUGGUAUUCGGUAAGUGUCCACCUAGUGGACAUGUCCAUUUCGUCUGCUGCUGAAGUUCUAAUUGGCUGGACUGGGGUACGCGUCAAAAAGACACAGGUACCCCUGGCCAAUCAGCGCUUCAACAGCAGAGGAAAUGGACAUGUCCACUAGGUGAACACUUAAGAAUAGACCCGCUGGAUCGGUCAGUUGGUUUCAUCCAGGGUCGAAUGUCGCAGGAGAGCUGUCGAUUGCGAGUGAGAUGAGAGAGGAAAUGGUGAAGCAUGUGGGCUGCUUUAUGUAACGCGGGAAGUAGAGAAUGCGACGAAAGUAUGUGCGAGUGAUCGCAUAUCAAUGUGUUUCCGUGGGGCUUCUCUCAUACAGUGGCCGGUUGUAAGUUUCCAGUGCUUCGGCUCUGGAAGCGGUGAGGCAGCAUGUUCACUGAGACAUGGCAGCGUUGUCAUUUUGCAUUUUGUAUAUAUGUAAAGAGCUUUGCGAAGCACCAGUGCGAACGCAGUAAACAUGGCGGCUGCAUUGAGUGACAACUGAUUACGGAACUAGAGCAGCUUGAACACUUAUCGAGUAACAGGAGGAAAUGGGUAUAAUAAAGCGUGUGAUUUGUGCAGGAAGGAGGUGCUUUUGGCAAUUGAAGAGCUAUCCAAAUCGGCGUGCACGACUAGGUGAUUACAUAAAGCAGUUGGCGCGGGAGGUUCGCUAGUCGAAGACCUGUGAAUUAUCCACCGUCUUGAUGCGUAUUGUGAUCAAUCAGUGCAUACGAUUUAGCCAGUCGCGAUGGGUUAUCACAUGCGAGGUACUCUAAAUCUAGGUGGUUUAAGCUGCAUUCAGAGUGCCGUGAAUUGCUAUGUCCGAAGGCUAUCAGCGGUAGCUAAAUUACGCCAACAUAGAGUGUACUAUUGCCGUUUUAUAGUCACCAGAAAAAAAAUCAUUCUGGGGUGUCAGUGUUUUGCUGAAUGCACCAAAGUCUUCUGAUGUACUUAUGAAUAUAUAUAUUGGUAGAGCAUAAUGAGCAAGGUUGCACUUUGAAGUGAACGAGGCCACUGCACAUGCUUCGUCAAAGUAACGUGGUAAGUGGUCCUGCUUGGUGAACAUCACGCGUGAGCGAGGCGCUGAGAAAGCACUUGAAACUUCUUCGGGAGGAAUGCCGUUUAUUUUUUCUGGUCAGAUUUCUUAAUGUGGGUUAAUGUACGGUGCCCAUACUGGAUUG